CUUAUCACCAGCUCAACAUGGCCUACAAGUUCACCUGCUCCCUGCUCCUGAUUGCAGCCAUUGCUGCCGUCGCUCUGGCGGAACCUGCCAGGUUCCGAGGCCGAUCCUCUCGUCUUCAAUUCGCUCGUCAGGAGCAAGCUCCAGAGGAUCCAGCUGCUCCAGCAGACCCUGCCGUGGAUAUUGCGCCCACUGAGGCCCCGGCUCCUUAUCCACCAGCUGGCGUCACUCCGGAAGUGCCCUUCGACCUGCCCACGGAGACGGAGGCCCAGCCUGAUCUGACUUACGGACCGCCAGCUGAGCCGGACAACACCUACGGUCCUCCGGAUAACACCUACGGACCCCCAGCUGAGCCUGACAACACCUAUGGACCUCCGGCCGAUGAUGCCGCAGCUGACCAGGCUCCAGUCGAUGCGGAGCCCAUUCCGGCCAGUCUGAUCCAGCCCCGAAACGGACGCCUUCGCAGCCGUCGUCCCGUUCCGGAGAAGCUCCGAUCCGCCCAGAUCAUCCGCUCCCGACCAGUGCUGGUCUACACUAUCUAGAAUGAGUCAAUGCAAAAUAAGAUACGAAUUGAGCCGAAAAAUAAGGAUUUAAGUACCUAAAACUGUUGCUAAAUAAAUAAUCGAGUUGUUGAAUACUA